GUGUUUCACUAUGGCGAAGGGGUAAACAAACAGAGCUCAAUGGUUUAGGAAAGCAGCAGUAACGGUGAACGCAUCUCUCCCCCGUUAGUGACUAACAGCGGUUCGUAAUGGUCCGGUGACCGGUGGGUAACGUCGGGUUUCGGCAGGGGGUUGUGCUCUCGUUGUUUUCUGUGUGUGUGUGGAUGCUGUCAGUGCGAAUAGCGAUGAAAACAGGGAAAAUAGUUUGGAACAGCUCAGUUGUAGCAGCAGCAGCCGGUGAUACAGGCUAACCGUUACCGGACUCCGGACCUUUCCUCUCUUUUCCUGACGGGGUUUUUUCUCUCGGCUAUAAAAAAAUGGGAAGAGGAGAACACUAAAACCCCCCAGCCACCGUCAGCUUAUAAUAACAACAUUAUUUUUUUUUUUAUUAACUCAGUCGGUUUUUAUUUCGCUCGUCUCUUUCUUGCUGUUUUUAAGUCGAGUCGUCCAAAAUGUUGACAGGAUCUAAAACCACGUUCAAAGUGAGACAAAUGCUCCCGGACAUCAAGGAGAGGAUGCUGAGUCAGAGUGGGGUGAACGCAAGGAGUCGAGAUGUGUUUGGAUUACGCUGCCUGCCAGGCGAGUGUGUACUUCAGAGAGCUGUUAUGGUGAGGAAGAAGUUGACUGCCAGGGAAGGAAGAGGUUGGCUAUCUGGGACCCUCUUCUGUACACACUUCAGAGUGGCCUUCGUGCCCCAGGACAGUCCCAAACCUGACGACAAUGCAGACCCUGUGCUUUUAGGAGAUCACGAUGUGGCUUUGGCGUCUAUAGAGAAGGUUGUGGUUGUGGGCCCAAACAGGACCAAGCUGGUGACCCCAAACUCCUCGCUAAAGUUCACUCCAGAGGAGCUGGUGCUUUACUGUAGGGACCUGCGAGUCAUCUGCUUCCUGUUUGACCGCCUCACUCCUGAUGCACAAGUCAUAGAGAUAACUUACACCAUCGCCAAGACCUACCAGCCUCCAAAACCAGGGUCGGUUUUAUCUUUCCAGAACGCUGCCCUUGGGAGUGUAGAAAUGAAGCAGUUUCUAAGCAACCGUCGCAGAAACACCCACAUGAACUGGUAUGAGUCCGCCUUGGACUGGGAGCAAGAGCUGGAGAGGUGUGGGGCCAUGGGCUGGAGAGUCAGCUCGGUCAACGACCGCUUCGAGAUGUCCACAAGCCUGCCUAGGUUCAUCGUGGUUCCACAGAAGGUAUUAGACACUGAGCUGAAGAAAAGCUUUGCUCACUUCAAUGAAGGACGCAUCCCUCGCUGGUGCUGGCGACACCCCCGAGGCAGUGAUCUACUUCGAAUGGCAAGCUUCCAGAACAACAUCUACCACGAGAAAGACGACAUCAGAAACCUGGAGAUGAUCCUGUUUGGUUGCCAGUCCUCUCUGUGUGUGGUGGUGGAGCUGGGCGAGGAGCUGCCCUCGCCUGCCGAUAUCCAGCUGGCACACAGCCGCCUGCGUGCCCUCUGUCUGGGAGAUAUCUCCACAUCUGUGUCAGUGCCUGAUGACAAAUGGUUAUCUACCCUGGAAAGCACCCACUGGCUAGACUACACCAGGUCCUGUCUGAAGAAAGCUUCAGAGGUAGCCUGCCUGCUUCGCGGCGGUCACCUGACUGUGGCACUGCAAGAAGCGGACGACCGGGACUUGAGCUGCGUGGUGUCUAGCCUGGUGCAGGUGAUGUGUGACCCCCACUGUCGAACCCAGCACGGUUUCCAGAGCCUGGUGCAGAAGGAGUGGGUGAUGGCUGGCCACCGCUUCUGCAGCCGCAUCAACUACCACCGUGACAAUGACAAGGAGGAGGCUCCAGUCUUCCUGCUCUUCCUGGACUGUGUUUGGCAGCUGUUGUCCCAGUAUCCCUCUCGCUUCCAGCUGACAGAUGACUUCCUGUUGGCCUUGCACGACAGCAUCCACCUGCCACUCUUCUCCAGCUUCCUGGCCAACUGCCAGCGAGAGAGAUGCAAACGCUCCCAGAACCUCGGGCAGUCCUACACACCAGUCAAUGGCUGGAGAGAUAUGCUUCAUCCGGAUUCUUCCUCCGAUCCAUCUGACCCUCCUCUGCCACCGGUGUGGGACUGGGCCCUGCAGUACAGCAAACACAGACGGGACCGUUUCACCCAGCCUGUCCCCCCAAUCCCUCCGCUCCAGCCGCUGCUCAAUGGCAACCUCAACACCAACCCAGACACACACAGGCUGACUGACACCAUCCCCGGAUCAGUCUUCCUCCUGUCUCGAGGCACCUUCUCCUGCCCUGCUAACCUGCUUCCCUGGCGCAGCAGCAGUUCAGGCGUUUACAAGAAGAGCCACCGGCGGGCGGCGUCCUCCGAGAACGUGCCUGGCCUGGAGAGGCUACUGAAAGCUUGGGCCCUGACUGAGUUUCCCCAAAGCCUGACUUCCACCUCUGGACCUCAAGGACCACUUGACCCCUAUGAGCCCUUACUGCCUCUCCUCAUGGGGCCCUGCAUGGGGCUGUGGAGGGAGUGCUACCUCCGGGGGGCGCUCCAUGCACAGGCGUUCUCCCACCCCAUCUCAGCCAACCACCCCCACCCUGUGGAGCGGCUGGCCCAGGAGGUGCAGCAGCUCAAAGAGAAGCUAGCACAAGUGUCCACCGGCACGGAUCCAAACCCACCCACCAAGAUGGCCGAGCCUCGGCGGACCGACACCAACCUGAACCAAAACACCAACAACGGCACCUUCCUCUUCCCAGCGCCGAGGCCUCAGAGCGCGGCGAUGUCCAGAGUGGCACCCCCUCCUACCUCCACCAACCACCAGACCUCCAGGGGUCCCCCGCCCACCUCAGCCCCACCAUCCAGGCCCAGUCACAAAGACAAUGGCGGCAGCAACAAGCACACCUUCCUGUUUGGGCACUCUUCAGUCACAGAGGCGCGCCCUGACCAGCGCUAUUACCCAGCACCAAAUAACGGCAAGCUGCCUAAGAGUAACGGGCCCUCGAUAGCUUCCUGAGGUUUGGUCCUCAUCUUAACUGUGUCUGCGAGACAGACCAUGCCACCCCGUGACCGGGUACUAUAACCAAAUCACCUGCUGCAGAAAUGAAACUGACGUAUCUCCUCACUGGUGUCCUGUACUGAGGAGAUCCAGACGUGUGUUGCCUGUCACACCAUUUUUGAUUGACUAUAAGGUGAUAAAAAAAAACCAUUUGGGUGGACACAGUAAACUGCAAAAGUAUGAAAUAAUUACUGCAAGAGCUCUUGACUCUGCUACUUAUCGUCUGUACUGUAUUAAAAAAUGUGACAACUGUUUUUGUAUAUUUGUAAAGAAAAUCUUAGUGUUCAAUAUUCCACUGAUGAAUAUGUCUAAGAGAAAAAGAAUAAGGGCUGAAGAUGCUUCAUGAUGUAUGCCAACAGGACUUCAGAAGGACAUCUUGCAGUAUCUUGAAAUGCAGUAGACACAUUUUAUAAAGAUCGUGUCACCCUUCAAGAAAGAAAUAAAGCUUGUAGUUUCCAUUUUAGCCUCUCAUACAAAGUGGGUUACAGUGACAGGGCAGGACAUACAUGGUGGUGUGAUAAGGUGGUUCUUAAGGGCACUUAUGGACACACACUUUCCACUGGAUCUAACCAGCGACCCGUGUGACUGUCAGACUACAAGUCUCCAGAAGACCUUUUUACAAGUAGCCCUAAUCUUUACUAUGUCAUGCAAAUGUGCAAAAAAAGAUACAUUUCCUAGUUUUUGUAUCUCCGCUUUAAUUAGAAAAAGUAGAAUAUUGUUUUGAAAAUGAUCCUUUUUGAAAACCGUGAUUUUUGAACUCCAGGCGCUGUGACCAGUGACUUUAUGUGGAAUUUAGGGCAUGAGAGCUAUUUUGGUACUGCUCUCAUAUCUCUCCACUCACUCACAUGCAUGCUUGGGAGCAGUGAGAGACCUAUAUUCAGUUCAGAGUGUGAUGUGGAUGUGGAUAAAGUCUAAGCAGUAUAAUUCAGCUCCUGCAUGACUGACAUAAUUUCAGGGCUUUUGUAAUAUAAUUGCAUCUCUCUUUAAAGUAUUUAUGACCAUUAUCGGUCAAUUUGAUGUCAUACAUGUAGAUUAGUGUGAUUUCUGAAUUGUUUCUGACCAAAUUGAGUAUUAUUUUGAUAAUUUCUCCAUCAAUUUUUGGAGGAAUUGAAAAACACAAACAUUAAUCUGCCUUUUGAUUGUCGUACCUUGCGAAGGUACCAGUGUUGGAAGCAAAAGGGAAGCUUAUUUCUUCCCGUGUUUACUUUUAAUUUUAUGCCUUUUUUUCCCCCUGCGUGGUGGUGUUUUAGUAUGCAGCCAGCAUUUAGGUCAAGGACUUGGAAGUGUCUGACUGUAUUUAAAGCACAAAGGGAAGUAUCUGGUCCUGCGCCUUUAAAUCCAAACAGGUUGUCGUUCGCAUGAUGUGGGUGUUAAGUAGAUGCACUGGCGUCAUUCCCACGGACGAAUGAAAUUUUCCAUUAUGUAUUUAAAAAAAGCAUGUUUUUCUGAAAUUCUUUAGGCAGGAUAACAGUUGUCAGAUGUAUGAAGGAUGCUGACCUUCUCUCAUGUCAAAAGGUACCUCACUUGAUAGCACUAUGAAUUAUUAAAUUGUUGUAAAUAUUCAUUGCAUCAAUAUCAAGGCACAUUGAUAUCAGCUACAAUUUCAGAGCUUUCCAGAUGUGAUGCCAAUGCAUUUACUUCUCUUCCAUGGAAAAAACACAAGCUCGUCUUUGUCCUGUUGCAUGGAAAAUCUAAUUUGAUCUUCUACUGCACCUGUUGUUCUGUAUCAUUGUGUAAUGUAAGGUUUUUUGGUACGAACAUCGCUUAAAUUUUGCCAGAUGUACAUAUUUUUUGUAUCAGCAUGUUUUGAUCCUGAUAAAUAAAGUGUUAUCAGUCCAU